GUAAAAGAACCAAAACAACGAUAAAUUCCAAAAAACAAAAUUAAAUAGAUCGCGGGCGCUAAAUCCUGGCACCACAGGAAACCCAACAUUCAAUCUGAGGUCACGUUCCAAUGUUCGAAUGUAUUGGGAAGAAAGCAAAAACCAAAACAAAAUACAUGUGUUUUUUUUAUUAGAAUAAGGCUUGAUUAGAGUUUCAUUAAAAUGCAUCUUUAGUAGAUUACUUUUGUUAUAGCAUAAACAGUUUUUGGGUACCCUGUGGUGUACGAACUACCGCUGAUAUGAAUCGCGCUAUCUCUGUUUUCCCACAAGAUGGAGUCGAAUAGUGUUCAAGUCCAUGGUUUAGCCGCUUUUACUUUGGCCCCUUUCUCGUCCAGUCAAGAAACGGACCAUGAGAAGUCAGGGUAUGAGUCCGUCGUUUCGUCUGCCAGCUGCUUUGGCGAGGUCGUCCAAUCGCAAGAAGAUAUAUCUAGAAGUGUUCAAAUUGUGGAGGGAGUCCCAUAUGACAGCUCCACCAUGGUAACAUCUGUUUGUCAAGAUAGCCUUCUUCAAAGCACACAUGUGUCAAUGACUGUCCCAGAGAGUACACUGUUUGAUGUUGUUCAAAGCCAUGUGAUCCCCUCUCAAGUGGCCGUCCACACAGUGGGAGAUGCAAGCAUGGCUGAUAAUGGAAAUAUCUGUGAUGACAAGACUGACACACACCACCAGAUGCAAGAACUUGUUGAACCACAAAUACAAACCAUAGCAGAGCCAAAGAAAAGGAAAGGUGGCUGGCCUAAAGGAAAGAAACGAAAAAAAGAGUACGACCUUAAUAAACCCAAAGCACCUGUGACUGGCUAUGUGAGGUUUCUGAACAGCCGUAGAGAGAGUGUAAAGCACCAGCACCCACACCUCACAUUCCCUGAAAUCACCAAAAUGUUAGGGCAAGAGUGGAAUUCACUUCUACCUGAAGAAAAACAGAAAUUCUUAGACGAGGCCGAAGAAGACAAAAAGAGAUAUGUUGAGGAACUGAGGGCUUAUCAGCAAUCGGAACAGUACCAAGCAUUUGUCAAAAGGCAGCAUGUAAAACGCACGAAGCAUCCUGCAGCAAAUGAACCUAUGGAAGGAGACCUGGAUGCUCACAGCAGCAUCUUUAUGCAGCAAGCUGAGGAUUCAGACAGUAGCGACCUCUUCUGCAAAACUUGCAACCAGUACUUCAGCUCUCUUCACAACAAGCGAGAACACAUGUAUGGCCGGCAACACUUACAGAUGUUAACCUGCGAGUUUGAGCGGGAGGCAGAGAAGUCUGCUAGUAGCGGAACGGCUGUGAGCCUGACCACACCCCAGGCUGCCCCUGCAGUACAGGGCCCUCCAGUAACUGUGGCAACAACACAGAAUUCCUUCCAAUCCACAGAGUUGAGUAUACCACAGUUCACUGAGGGAUUCUUGGAGCAGAAUCUGAAUCGAGAACUGGAAAUUCGAGAGCUGCGAAAGUCUGUGUUGACGUCACAAGAGCAGAACUUGUUGCUUGCAAAAGAAAUCGAGGACCUCAAGGUCCUUUUGCAGAAAGUGGAGAGUGAGAUGACGACAGCAAAGGCUUUCGGAGCUUCGCUAACCGCACAGCUUAAUAGCCUACGAAUGGUACCAACCUUAUUCGGUGUACAGCUACAGAUAAACUUCAACUGAGAACAUACAUAAAGGGGCAACUCACGCAGCCCAUCAUGAAUUUCGCAUUGUGUUAUCACUCCUUGACGUACAGCAUAGUCGUAUCCCAUGCGAAUAACUGCAGAUAUACUUUAACAGAGUAUGGGCUCCUGAGGGGUAAUACACAUUGACCAAGGUGCAUUACACAUGCUCUUCGACAAACAAUAACAAAACAACUUCCACUGAGAACGUUAAAUGGAACUCAAUUGACAUACCCAAUGAUGGCCUAUAGUGUCAACUUUAUUGCGGGUAUCCAGCUACAGAUCGACUUUAACUGAGGGUAUGGAUUAAAGGCAGUGCAAAACGUGACGCUUCGCGAAACUGUAUUCAACUACAAACCAACAGAGACGUACAAUUUCGGUUCCACCUUGUUACGAUACCCAGUACUCAUUUCUUUAGCUCACGUCUGCAGCCUAUUAACGUUGCCUAGACCCUGGUCCAAAAGCAGGGGCGUGUCUAGAGAAAAAAAGCAGGGUUGGGUAGUAAGUCACUGACCCCGGAUCAAUCAAGUUCAAAGCGGCAUGCUUAGCUCUGGAAAACCCAUUUUCCAACUAACAACGAAGGUGCCAACCGGAGUAGAACUCAUCUGGUCACAUGAGCAGGGUGGGGCCCGGACCCCCUCUGGACACGUGCCUGCAAAGGCCUCCGUGUUGCGAGAACAGUAAUGUCGGCAAGACAAAUGAAAUGCACUUUAUAGUAGGUUUAAAAAAUCUAUUUUGUACAUAUUUUUAAUGUAUUAUGUAUAUUGUCUUGAUAAGAAAAUUUCAAUUUUCGACUAUCAUAGUCGCUAAACGAUUGAGAAAAAGAUAUAUGUAUAUAUAAAAGAAUCACUUGUAACUUGCUUUUAAUUUAGUGGGCUGGAAAAUGCACUUCAUAUCCAAAGGACGAGGGGAGCUUGUUAGAGACAGCAUGGGUCUGUGUCUUAAUCCAUGUGGGUACGAAGUGAAGCGUAGGGGCCAGUCCCUGGAUAACAGGAUACUCUAGAGCUGUAGAGUGUGGCUCUCUAGUGAGUCAAUUUGGAAACUGCUGUUUACGGGGUGUUGGGAUCCCUGGGGCGAGAAAAAAACGCUUUUCUGCUUGCCACAGGAAUCCCAAAACUCCGAAAACAAUAUUUUCCUAAUUAACCCACUGAAGAGCCUGCUUUGCGCAAAGAGUUACGCAAUUUAUUACUAAACUAAAACUGCCAAAGAGGAAAAAAUGCGACAUAGUAACCAGCGGUAAAAAUGGCGACCAUUGCCUAUGCAUUAUUUCCCGGGGGCAUUCGAACUUGCUGCUACCCUGGGUACCAGAGGCUCCGAGCUUCGCGGGGACAACGAUUCGCGUUGCGCGACAGAUCACAUAUAUGGCGCAUACUUGCGUGUGUAUUUCUUGCUGCAUUUUUUUGAGAGAGAAAGCCGCCCUUCCGUGAGAAAGAAGGUAGUUCAUUGCCUACGUUGACAUAAGAACACCAGAAUCUUCCGAUUUUCCGUUAAGGCAGACAUCGGGAAGAUCACCGAAAUGUGUAAUGGGUCUAUUGCAUCACAAAAGUUAAUAAACCAGCGAGAGAGUGUACUAAUUC